GUCCCGGCGCAUCUCCCUCCCCCUUUUUGGAGUGACAGGCGGAUGGACCUCCUCAUUUUAGCCGCUCGCUUUUUACGUUGGCGAAUCACAAAGUGUUGGAAUCUGCUGCCUUUGUCUGAGAAGUCAUCCAUAUAAGCAAAGAAGGGAUCUGCAGCUUUUAGACACCGACACUACCGGCCCGGGGCUCCAGUCCCGGCCCACGCAUCUCUAGUCCACGCGCAUCCCGUUAGUCCGUGGUGAAAAAAAAAGGUGACCGAGGAAACCAUUCUUUGUAAAGCCUUUCGCAUCUUGUUCCCUUUAUCCGAGGUAGCGAGCCCACCCGGGAUUUAGGACACGACUAGGAUUCAUGGGACCGUCCGUGGUGCUCAGGGUCUCCGUGCACGCGCGCUAAAACACUCCUGCUUCUGCAAACACCCGCUCCGGUUUUUGGUUGUCGGUGUCAGUUUACCAAAACAAGCCUGGGUCAUGCUUGACACCUGACAUCUCCUCCAUCCCUUUUUUUCUUUUUCGCUGAGCGGACAGUUUCUCAAGAGGGAACUUCCCCCACCACCAUCCCACCCACCCUGAAGUUUUCUGUUCGGAACUCGAAGGAAUCGCACUCGUCUUUUUUUGACAUCACACCUGCGUCUUUUGCUUCUUUCUGUUAUUUUUUUAUUUUUUUUAUUUAGAUUUUGAUCCACAGAAGGAAAGCGAGACGGCGACUUCAGUUGAUUACCUGUCUUUUCUUUGCUAUCCAAUGGAUAUUCACUGCAAAGCAGACCCCUUCUCCGCCAUGCACCGGCAUGGCGGAGUGAACCAGCUGGGCGGUGUGUUCGUGAACGGCAGGCCGCUACCGGACGUCGUGCGCCAACGAAUCGUGGAGCUCGCGCACCAGGGGGUGAGACCGUGCGACAUAUCACGACAACUGAGAGUCAGUCACGGGUGCGUCAGCAAGAUCCUGGGCAGGUCUGCAUGUACCAUUAUUCCUUCUGGGUGCUGCAGGUACUAUGAAACUGGGAGUAUAAAGCCCGGAGUGAUCGGUGGCUCCAAGCCGAAGGUGGCCACUCCGAAAGUGGUGGAUAAAAUAGCGGACUAUAAGAGACACAACCCCACCAUGUUCGCCUGGGAGAUCCGGGACCGGCUGCUGGCAGAGGGUAUCUGCGACAACGACACGGUGCCCAGCGUCUCCUCCAUCAACAGGAUUAUUCGCACUAAAGUUCAACAACAGUACCACCCUUCUCCUGAUGGAACAUCUCUCUCAACAACAGGACACACUAUAGUUCCCAGCACAGCAUCCCCUCCAGUAUCAAGUGGAUCCAGUGAUCCUGUGGGUUCUUACUCCAUCAAUGGUAUUCUAGGCAUCCCUCGCUCCAAUGGAGAGAAAAGGAAAAGAGAUGACGAUGGUUCAGAGGGCUCUGGACAGAACAGUGAUUCCCAGGGCAGUGUGGAGAGUUUAAGGAAACACCUACGUGCCGAUGCGUUUACCCAACAACAGCUGGAGGCCUUGGAUCGAGUGUUUGAGCGACCGGCCUACCCUGACGUCUUCCACAGCUCGGAACACAUCAAGCCAGAGCAGAGUAGUGAGUAUGCCCUUCCUGCGCUAAACCCAGGGCUGGAUGAAGUUAAACCCAGUCUGUCCUCUAGUAGCUCCUCAGACCUGGGUGCCAGCGUGUCCCAAAGCUACCCUGUAGGUAGAGACAUGGCCAACACAACAUUACCUGGCUAUCCACCUCACGUCCCCCCUACAGGACAGGGCAGCUACCCAACAUCCACACUGGCUGGAAUGGUUCCUGGGAGUGAAUUUUCAGGGAAUCCCUACAGUCACCCACAGUACACAGCAUACAACGAGGCCUGGCGCUUCAGCAACCCAGCCUUACUGAGUUCCCCUUAUUAUUAUAGUGCAUCCCGAGCCUCUGCACCACCAGCUGCUGCCGCUGCUUACGACCGCCACUAGACAUUGUGCAAACCAAACCCAACAUCGCCUUGGACGUCCUGUUGUGCCAGUGUGAACAACGGAGCAGAUUGGACAAGGGCCGCUGUGAACACAUCACAUGAUGAUAAACAAGCCAAUCAGGACAUCAGAUGGCUGAGCCACUUUUAGCCAUCAAAAUCCAACUCGAAAUCAAACCGGCCAGCAUUCACAGUGGGUGUCCACAUCUCAAAGACUAAUGAGAAAACUUGCAAGAAAUGAUAUAAAUAUGGAAAUUGACACAAUAAGGCAAUUUGAAUCAACAGAUUUUGCUUUUCUUUCUCAUAUUUUGGGUUAUUUUUUAUCGUCAUGGAUGGAAACAGAAACAUUUUUCAGUAACUGACUGUCACAUGGCAGCACAUCACUUUCCUGUUCUCUCUCUCUCUCU